AUGGCGGCUGCCAGCCCUGAAAUUACACCAGAAAUGGCAGCAGCUGCCGACGCUUCCCUGGCAGGGCUGAGCAAGGAUGCCGUCUUUUUAAUUCACAAGGUUCAGAAGGCGAGCCGCAAGCCAAGGCCCGAUCCCUUGCUGCGUGCGGCCAAAUCGUGCUAUAACAGUGAUUUUGAACCCAGCAAGGUACAUGAGUUUAUGGAUGAGGUGCAGGCUUUUCUGGAAACGUCGACACUCGACGUCCAUUUCCACGCGCGGCCCAGGGACCCGAGUGAUUGGCAAACGUUGUGCGACGCCCUGGGCCCAUGUCUACGUGUGCGCUCUUUUGGCGAGCUGGUGCGGGACACGCCCGACAGGCGCCUGAAGGAGCAGAGCCUGUGGCUCAGCACACGCAAUGGCCAGGAACGACUGCGGGUGUGCUGCGACUUGCUGCCGGGCACCGUGGCCGUGGCCUCAUUGGCCAAGGAGCAUACCGCGCAAUGCCUGCACAAUUUCAAAUUGCAAGCGCACGCUGCCAUCUUUGCGCAGCGCUUCUACUUUGCUCACGGCCACGUCAUUGAUGCCGUGCGUUUGAGAGCGCGCAAGUACUACAUCGUGGCACGGCUCAAGGCCGCCAACCUCACAAAGCUGGCCGCUCAUGUGCAACCUGCUGCUUCCGGCAUGGCCAAGGCGAUUACUUUUGCGGAUGGAUCGCCCAAGGCGGAGAUUGACUUGGACAACGCCCUGCCCGCGGCACUAAAGGCCAUCCUGGAAGACCAAAUGGCACAGCAUGUCGCUCGGCAGUUGCAGCUUCGGCAGCCCCAGGCGCCCGGCGAGCGCGCGUUGCCCCCGCAGCACCUGCCUCAGAACGUCUUGCACGCUUACGAAAUCCGCAAGGUCAAGCCCGAGCAUUGGAUCGUCUACACAGGAAGCGAAACCACGUGCGAGCUGAUUGACAAGGCAGUUUCAACCGAAAGCCAAGCGCAACAACGCGUCCUUGGCUUGACUGACUGCGAUGCUUUGAUCGUGUCCACGGCACUGGAGCCGCCCAGUGGUGGCGACGUUGCCCUCGUCGCAACCUCGCCAGAUCGAAGGUUCAAUAUCCAUCGUGGCAUUAUUAGAUGA